ACUCGCACACCCAGCCGCGGCCAACACGCCCACCCCGCCGGCCGACUCACCGCGGCCGACACAGACCUUGUCCUCAUGACGGGCUAUUCAGCACACUUCUGUGUAAUUUUACACCCUCACAAGAAUGAGUGAGAGGAUUCGAACUGACUUUUCAUAUUCUUUUGUGUUGAAACAUGUUGAAACCAUCAGGAAGUGUGCGAUCAUCGAUGUUGGCUCAGAAAGUGUCCAGCGUUUUUCAAGUCUUCUGCAGCCUGUUGGGCCACCUGAAAUUUUUGGGCGAUGUGGCAGAAGAAGCGUGUGGCAUGGUAACACCCUGGUCCACCUGGGUACUCCAAGUUCGGCGUGCUUUGGUACAACUCCUUGCCAUGUUUGACAGCCUUUCCAAGUCAACCAAGCUGCAACUGGAAGUUUUGUCGGAGUUGUGCAAGGGCGACAUGACCCGAGAGACACUCAAGUCCAGCCUGCAGAUAGCGGCAAGCAAUCUGAGCAAGUUGUCGGACUUUCGAUGCCAGGUGACUGCCAAAAGCUGUGAAUGCGAGAAGCUCAUGAACCUUUUCUCGAACAACGAUCAGAUUAAGAUGCAACAUGCCGUCAUGCGCAUCAUCGAGCUCUACGGCGCCGUCGGACACCGCAACGACGCGUCGGACGCGUCGCUGAAUGCUGAGGUGGCGGUUGCCUUGGCAGCGAAGCACCUUGCAGAAGCCACGGCAGAGGAACUGCACGAGGUGCAGCAGCGUUUGGCAGUGGCUUCCCAUGCUUUGCAAACAACCCGGGAAAGGUCAGAUGGCGCACCCUGGUUCCAGGAGCUUCAGCAUUUGCUGCAAGCGCUCCCCGGGUUGUUGGCCGAAAAAGGCAUUGAGGAUUCAAUUAUCUUCGAGUGCCUUCGUGGUGGGCUGAUGCAACAUGAGCUGCUUUGCCGAAGGCUUCAAGUUUUCCUCAAAACGGAUGAGGAAGAGGAUCCUGCGCAGCUGCUGAGCGACGUGGAACCUCUGUUCGAUGCCUAUCUCGAGGACUUGAACAGCUCCUCCCGGGACCUGGAACCCUUGCGUCGGGAGGUCCACCUCAGUGACGAUGAGCUCUGGCGAGCGGCACUUCAGGACUCUGUGGUGAGCCAGGUGGCCACCCCAAGCCGAAGACGGAAGACCUCCAAGCUGGGUCAGCUGGAUGCAGAUGAUUUGUUCUGAACCAACUAUCCAAAUGUCAC